CCCGAGUCUAAGCCUCCGCUUCGACCGCGAGCUCUGCCUGUUCAGCGAGCGCGUCGACGAGCGCAAUGGCCGCCCCUCCCCGCCGUGCCCUACCAACGCCCCCGGGGCCGCCCGGAAACGCGUACUAUAGUCCACAACGCGAAGCUUCUCCCAGUCCCGGAGCGAUGGACAUUUAUUCCUACGGGAAUCCAUACAGUGCGCCGUACCCCUAUCCUCAGUUCAUGCCGCAAAGCAUGCCAUACCCAGAUGAGCAUCCAAGCAUGCUGCGUGGUGGAACAUUGCUUCACAAGGGCUUCUACGACCUUCUCUCUAUGAUCCCUACCACUCCGUCGCGUAUGUUUUGGCGUGACGAGCAAGAGCCAAUUGCGGGUCCUAGAUACGAAGACACAGCGUCACAAGAGGCCGAAGCACCUCGUAGGCCGGCGGAGGGACCAAGCUUCCCCGUGCCCACGAGCCCCACAAGUCCGACGAGGAAUUUGAGGGGACGCAAGAUCAGUAAAGACAUGGUAUCCAAGCCCGUCGGUUUUGUCCACUUAGUACAUGCUUCGGAUGCGGAGCAAGCUGAGGCCCUCCUGACAAGGUGGGGCCCCGAGGGACAAGGCAAGCUAGGAGACCCACGGUGGGCAGAUCCUAUAAAGGAUCGCCUCCGACAGUUGAACCAGGCUCGCGCGGUCAAUGAAGUUGUCAACGGUUUGAAGCCCUCCCAAAGCAGUAUGAUUAGACAAGGCGCGGGAGAUCCAACUCCGCUUCGCGUUGUGAACGGGAUCAGCACCACGACCUCCUCCACGAUAACGACCGCGGCGCGUGAGAAUGUCUCCUUGUCCCCUGUAGUGCCUUCGGGCCUGCCAUCGUCCAUAUCACCUAUCCAGACGGUCGGGCCAGGCGGUAACUCCACCAUCCGAUGGACCGCCGGUCUUCCCGCACAUCCUGAGCAUGAGCACGAAGAUGUCCACGCAUCAGACCCAGACAAAGAACUGCCGGAUGUACCCCAAGCGCCGGUCCGGAAGCCUAUCGUCCCGUCCCUUGCAACUCUAGAGAAGGCGGUCUCUGCCAAGAUCUAUUUCGAGAACUUGUAUUUCCCUUUGUUGCGCCACCCGCCAUCUCGCGAACAACGUAGGCUGGCCAUGGAGAAAGACAUGAUGAAUAUGCAAUUGAACGAGGCACAGAAAGAAUACCUCAGAAGCCGCUGGCGCCAGAACGAAACCGAUUAUUUACGGGAGCGGCGCCAGAAAGUAGAUGUCAGUGCCUUUGUCAAGCUGAAGACUAUAGGCCAUGGCGCCUUCGGUGUGGUCUCCUUAGUCCGGGAACGUUCCACGGCGCAGCUAUUCGCCAUGAAGCAGCUACGGAAGACCGACAUGCUGCGUAAGGGACAGGAAGGCCACGUUCGAGCGGAACGAGAUCUCCUAAAGUCCGCUUCCCUCGUCAGUUCGCCCGGAGGCGCAGACUGGAUUGUCAGGCUCUACUACAGCUUCCAAGAUCGCGACCACCUCUAUCUGGUGCUUGAAUACAUGGGCGGAGGAGACCUUCUGAAUCUGCUGAUCGAAAGGGACGUAUUCGAGGAAGACUUCACGCGGUUCUACGUCGCCGAGAUGGUUAUGGCUAUCGAAUCCUGUCACAAACAUGGGUUUAUUCACCGAGACAUAAAGCCCGACAACUUUCUUUUCGACCCGCAAGGCCACAUCAAGCUCAGCGACUUCGGCCUCGCGACGGAUCUUCACUGGGCGCAUGAUACCUCGUACUACGAACAGCAACGCCUCCACUUGCUACACAAGCAUGGAAUAGACCUUGAGGACAGCUUCGCGCCCUCGGACGGCACGCGAACGAAGCGCCUUGACCGCAAGGAAGUCGAACGUCUGAUGGGCGGCGGUGACGGCCAGGGUGGCAUUUUCACCUGGAGGGAGCGUAACAGGAGGAAGCUGGCAUACUCUGUAUGCGGUACGAACUCCUACAUGUCGCCGGAAGUCAUUAGGGGACAUGGCUAUACCUAUUCGUGCGAUUGGUGGAGCCUGGGCGUGAUAAUGUUCGAGUGUCUCUACGGGUUCCCACCGUUCGUCAGCAAUUCGCGCCACGUCACCCGACAGAAGAUUCUGAACUGGAAACAAUCUCUUCGCUUCCCCUCGCGGCCUCGCGUGUCCCAUGAAGGUGUGAGCCUGAUGGAGCAGCUCCUGUGCGAGCCAGAGGACCGCCUCGGAUCACAGGCGCCGUCUUCGGUCAGUAGGCCGAAUUCCAUGAUAAUGCAAGCGAGAAGGAGUGGUUUCAUCUCAAUCACUGGCGCCACGGGUAGUGUCGACGGCGCACACCUGAUUAAGGCCCACCCAUGGUUCCGUGGCAUUGACUGGGAGAACAUUCACCGGUACCCUGCUCCAUAUCGCCCUGAACUCCGUCACCCGGAAGAUACCCGACACUUCGACGAUGACAUCCCGCCAGAGCCUCUCGCACCGGCGAACGGUGCAGCUGCGGAUGCCACGCGUGACCCGUUACUUCGGGACAAAGUACACGGACAAGAGAUCCUCGAGGUGCGGAAAGCCCUGGCGUUCGCUGGGUUUACGCACAAGAGUCCUCGAGUCAUCAGUUACGUAAGAGCCGACAAGGCGUUCGACCCGGAGCCUGACACAUACGGGCACGAGGAGACCGAGCGCGGUCGCUCAGUAGUGCGAGAAGAUCGGGACGUUGGCAAAGGAAGAGCAAUCUCUAUGUAAUCGUUCGAUCAAGCUGUACUAUCUUGGACUUCAUUCGCCACGACCCACCCGCGAGUUCUCCAGCAUACUCCCACUAACCCGUUGCUACAGCCCAUCCUCACACCUGGAACGUUUACCCCGUAUCCGGAUGAUACCUAAUUACGAUCUAAGUAUCUAUGCUUGUAUCUUGUAACUUCUUGCCAGCGCCGGCGGGAAAUAGUAUUGCCUUUGUUGUUGGA